AUGGCAGACUCAUUGACCGAGGAGCAAGUCUCUGAGUUCAAGGAGGCAUUCUCCCUCUUCGACAAGGACGGCGAUGGCCAAAUCACCACGAAAGAGCUCGGCACCGUAAUGCGCUCGCUCGGUCAGAACCCCUCCGAAUCUGAGCUUCAGGACAUGAUCAAUGAGGUCGAUGCGGACAACAACGGCACCAUCGACUUCCCCGAGUUCCUCACCAUGAUGGCUCGCAAGAUGAAGGACACGGACUCUGAAGAGGAGAUUCGCGAGGCCUUCAAGGUCUUCGACCGCGACAACAACGGCUUCAUCUCCGCCGCUGAGCUGAGACACGUCAUGACCAGCAUUGGCGAGAAGUUGACGGACGAUGAGGUCGAUGAGAUGAUUCGGGAGGCUGACCAGGAUGGUGACGGAAGGAUUGAUUACAACGAGUUCGUGCAAUUGAUGAUGCAAAAGUAG